GCGUGAAAGUUGGACGCAAACGACGAACCACAAAAUGAGCCGGAAUAUUGGAUUAGUAUUGCUCGUCACCAUGCUGGGCUCUGCCCUGGCCCAGGAGCAGCCCUACUACCUGCAGCAAUGUCCCCGGGACGAGGCCCAGAUCAACGACUGUCUGCGGGAGAGUGGCAACAAGCUGGUCCACUAUCUACAGAAGGGAGUGCCCGAGCUGGACAUCUAUGAGAUCGAACCUGUGAUGAUCGAUGAAAUCGGAAUUGUUCUGGGCAGUGGUCCGGAUGGCUAUCGCGCCCUUUUCCGGAAUAUUCAAGCGUACGGAGUGAGCAACAUUACGGUCACCAAUGUCAGGUCCGACUUGGACUCGCUGCAGUUCCAGCUGACGUGCGAGAUACCGCGCAUUCGCGUCAAGGCUCAGUACCGAUCCACAGGUGUGCUGAUCUUGGUGAAGGCCUCCGGGGCCGGCGACUACUGGGGGGAGUACGAGGGCGUGAAAGCCAAGAUCUACUUCAAGGCGGUGGCAAACGAGGCUGCCGAUGGACGCACCUACCUGACCACCGACUCGGUCAAGAUGGACUUCAACGUCAAGGAAAUCCAGAUGGGAGUGGACAAUAUCGCCAAUGGAAAUUCGGUCAUACAGGCCGCUCUGAAUCUAUUCAUCAACUCCAACUCCCAGGAGCUGCUCAAGGAAAUGAAGCCGGCGCUGCGAACCAAACUCACCCUUGUCAUCCGCAACUUCAUGGAUCGCAUAUUCGCCAAGAUCCCGUUGGACGAGUGGAUCAACCUAAAUUAAAAUGUAUAUCAUAGUUCCCCUAGCCUAGGCCCUAAUUUAUUGCACAGAGUUCAAACUAAAUAAACCAAGUAAAGAUGAUCGUAGAAGUUA